GCGAUACAUGCGUCCCCUGGGUUGAUUGCGCACACCUGUUCAACUUCAGUGACAUGUGCAUAGGUUUAUUGACCCGAGGGAGUUCUCCAAGUUUUGACGGACUGAUUGACAAUGGAGGCUCCUCUCCACUUGACUAUUGUUCUUAAUUACCCGACCUCUAUUUUACUACUCUUUAUCGGCGGCUUUUCUCUUGGAUCGUCCCCGACCACGUCAAAUCUAGCUGACGAGUUUGGCGAUUUUACUUUGUACCAACAUGGCAAUAUCUUGUCACCCCUUCUGAAGGCGCUGACAGCACAGGGAGUUCCAUGGCAAGACACGACCCCAAGAAUGAAACCUGAGUCGAGAUAUGUUCGAUACAUGAAACGACUGUACAGGAUGUCUUCAAGACAUGAGAGGAGUUUGGAAGGGAACAACCACCUUUACAACACAGUUCGACUUAUAACCCCGCGGGGUGAGUGCCUGGAGCAAAGCAAAGAGUUCUUCAUGCAACACCUCUCCUACAAUCUGGACCGUGUUAGAGUCAAGGAGCAGCUCCUGAAGUCUGUCCUGCUGUUCUCCUUCGACCAAGAGCAGGCCUUGUCCAUGACUACCCAAUGUUACCUAGAUGUGAAAGAGCAGGCUGCCCAGGAUCAGUGUCUUCUCUGCCCCAGCACCCAUCACUCAGUCAACUUCCUGUUCCACACGGACCGCAGGAGGAAGUGGGUUGAGGUGGACAUCACAGCGUUCCUCCGACCUCUCAUCCAGUCCCACAAGAAGGACAUCCAUUUGCUGAUCAACCUGACGUGUGUGGAGGGCAGAGGCAGGGAGGCUGGAGGAGAGGAGAGGAGCGGUAGGGGCCCCGUGGAGCUCCACCUAAGGUCUCCGUCCUUGCUCCUGUACCUCAAUGACACCAGCGAGCUGGCACACCAAAGAUGGCUGCCCACCAGGUCACAAGGUCAUCUGAGGUCAGCCAAUGAGAUGGACACCUUUAAGAGCCUGGCGGAGUUCAAACCAGAGCGAAGGAUCAGCCGGAGCAAGAGGAGAAGACUGAGGAGAGAAUCUCCAGAUCUGUUGACGAACAACGCACGAGGCAAAACGAGCCCGAAGACCAUCCUCCCGGACCUCCUCCCGAGUUCUGACUUCCCUACGAGCGACUGUGCCUUGUACGACUUCAGCGUGAGCUUCAAUGAGCUCAAACUGAGCCAUUGGAUCAUUUUCCCCCACAGGUACAACCCCAGGUACUGUAAAGGCACCUGUCCCAGGGCUGUAGGGUUCAUCUACGGCUCCCCCAGACACACCUUCUUCCAGAACAUGAUCUACCACAUACUGGACUCCUCCGUACCACGGCCUUCCUGUGUUCCCUUGGAGUACACCCCCCUGAGUGUUUUAACCCUUGAAGGUGACUCCAUUGCCUACAAGGAGUUAGAUGAAAUGAUCGCUACGAGGUGCACAUGUCGCUAAAGGCCCACCUCCAGGGUCAGGCUCAAUCCCAUUUGAACUUGGUGUAAAAACUGAACAAUCUCAACUGAAAUUCCAAUUGUUCUCUAUACUUUUCAAUGUAAAAAAAAAUCCUCUCGCUCGGGCUGAUCCUUCGCUCUGGAAAUUGACUGAAUUGAAAUGGAAUUGACCCCUACCUCACUGUUUUACCAGCCUCAACACUUUGACUGUUAACCUACCUUCUGCAUCAACUGCCGCUAGACUUAUUCCAUCCUCCUCAAGCGCUUGACUUUAGCAACUUUUGUGACUUUUUCACAAUCGCCUAUUGUAACAUCCUGGUCUGGGGACUUCAUGUCAAGUCAUCAGUGUCUUUGUCAAAACAUCAGUGCGUGGAGGUAGAUUUUUUUGUUGAUCCAGAACAGAUGCAUUUACUUGCCCCCAAAAAGUAUUUUUAUCUAAAUAGAAAAUAUGGCAUUGAUUUCCUUUGUUUACAUGUUUAUGUGAUAGGUAGGAAUGUUGUGAAGAUGUCUUAUCCCUGCACUUACUGUCUGGUUUGUUUGCUUCGUUUGUGUUUUUGCAU